AUGUUACAGUGGUUACAACAAUAUAACAGUCGUCAAUAUAUGCGAAAUUUUAAUUACAAAAAAAUAAUAUAUGAAAAAAAUGAAAAUUUAUAAACGGAAUAACAUUGGUAACACUGUUUAAAUGAAAGCUAUAAAAAGAUAGAAGAAAGAAAAACAGAGAAAAUUGAUCUUUUACUGGAGAAGAAAUAAUUUUUAAAUUUGGAGUAAAAUUUCUAAAUUAAAUAUGGCAAAUCGGUUGUUUCGUUGCCUUUACACUGAUUUAAUAAGUGUAAAUAAUCAACAAAUUCGAUAUGGACAUCGGAUCAGAGGGAAACCGCCAAAUCUUGCUCGAACUAUUGAACAGCGGCUUGAAGAACUAAAGUACAAAGAUCCAGAGCUGUAUUAUAAUGUAGAUAUAGGUUUACCCUUAUCUCAGAAAUCCAAUAAACAGAUGUUUAGUGGAUGGAUGAAUCAAGUGGCAAAAAAUAGAGAAGAUCCUGCACUCGAAAAAAAAGUUCGAAAUCGUGAACAUUUAAUCGAUCUGGAAGUUGCUAAGGAGGAUUGGUUAAAAACCGCAGCCCCUACGCAAAUGCGCACGAUUGCAGAUCAUUAUGGAAUUUUCAAUGAUCUUUAUGGGGAAGCAUAUUUUCACCCUGUCGUUCCUCUCACGAUAGAUUAUAAUUUUGGUGAUCCAGAACUACUCGCAAGAGUCCAUAGAGGAAAUUUGAUCACGCCUAGUGAAGCUUCAAACCUACCGGAAGUGAAUUAUGAAGCAGAGCCUGAUACUCUUUGGACUCUUCUUCUCACGACCCCGGAUGGUAAUUUGUCCAAUCCCGAGAGCGAGUACUGUCAUUGGUUUAUUGGAAACAUUCCGGGAAAUGCAGUUGAAAAAGGAGAGCAACUAGUGGAUUAUCUAAGGCCCAUUCCACCACGUGGCAUUGGCUACUGCAGAUACAUUUUCGUUCUGUAUAAGCAAGAUAAGAAAAUUGACUUUUCGGAAUACAAGAAGCAACAGCCAUGUUUAGAGCUUGUCGAACGUAAUUGGAGCACUCUCGAUUUUUAUCGCAAGCACCAGGAUUAUUUGACUCCUGCUGGUCUCUCAUUUUUCCAGACUGAGUGGGACACAAGCUUGUUAGACUUUUACCACAACACUUUAAAAAUGAGAUCGCCACAAUUCGAGUACGAUUUUCCGAAACCAUACAUCAAACCACAAGUCUGGUUUCCGAUUAGGCAGGCUUUCAACAUCUAUAUGGAUAAGUACAGAGAUCCCAAAGACAUUAAUAAGCAGUACUUCAUGCAGAAGUUGAAGAAAAUCCAUCCCUUCAAGGAACCGGAAAAGCCCCUGAAGUAUCCGAAUGCUGUCAGGUUCAAAGACGAGGAGUAUAUCCCUUCAUGGCUGAAACUCGAAAUCAGGAAAGAACGCCUCGGUUGGGGCCGUUAUAGGGAAGUGCAGAAAUAAAAUAUUUUCACGGCCCCUCUGUAUGAAUGUGAUUUGUUUUUAAGCAUGGAAAACCCUCUCACUAGCAGUGCUAUCGCCAACAUAGCCGUUAAAGUCAUGAGAGGAAAGCUCAAGCCCUAACGCAACACCAACGCGAGAACACCUU